GUUGGCGGUGAUAAAUGCACCAUCUAAGCUGGUUUUCCAACCACCAUAAAACAUGUAAAGAGGAAGAAGAAAAAGUUGUGCAAGGAAUUGUUACACUGCAGAAAUGGAUUUGGAAACAAAAAUUAAGGCAUUGAAAAGACAGCAACAAAAAGCUCGUAGAAAAUCAAAAAAGAUAAUUUUGGCUCUUCAGAAAAAAAAUGAAAACACUUCUGAUAGUGAACACUCCUCCAGAGAACUUGAAUCAGACUACUCAUCAGACGACUCAGGAAAUAUGCUGAAUGUUGUGGAGCAGCAUCUAAUUGAAGACUCGCAAGAACAGUAUGAUUCAGAAUCACAACGGAAUACCAGAACCAAUAUGCAAGAUCAAGUGCUAUGGGAUGAAAUUGAUAGACUAAAUGAUUCCAUGGAUGUUACCAGUGAGAGUGACACAGAGCUAGCUUUGGCUCUAGAGAAAAAGCUGUCUGAGUGGGCAAUGAAGUUCAACAUCUCCUUGACCUCUCUAACUCAUUUGCUUAAGAUUUUGAGGGAACAUGAUAUUGAUGUUCCAGCAGAUGGAAGAACACUGUUGAAAACACCUCGUUCUGGCAGUUUGACAAUAACUGAAAAAUCAGGUGGCAAAUACACAUAUUUUGGAAUAAAGGAAGUAUCGAAUUUGUUUAUUCUGUGAUGGACAGACAUCUGUCGUACCAGUCAGUUGGAUUUUUGAUGACAAUGGAACAUUGAAGUGUCGAUGGACAUCAUCACUCUCAAACAUUAAAAACAAUUCUCCACCAAACCCUAACUGGAAGGUUUGUGAUAUUGUGAAGAUUGUUGGACCAUCUAUUGGAGACUAUGAUCAAGCAAAUCAAUACAUCUCAGAUUACACAACUGGGGUCUCAGCAGCAGAGGACUCAAUUACUUAUUCAAUGAGAGACCCUGCAGUUGUGGAAUUACCUGAGAAGAGAAAAAGGAAAAAGAAGCUCUGUGAUGAAAGUGACAUCAAUUCAGAGACAUCUUCCUGUGAAGAUGAUAUGAACUUGAAGCAGUCAGGAAAUGAAGUUAAGCAAUCUGGUCUAAAGACAAGAAAUGUUCCACUGCCCAAACCUCCUAUAUACCAUGAUGCUCUUCAGAGAAGUGCGAAAAAAGAUGAGGAUGAUCCCAAAAGCUCUGCUUUCUCAGAAUUUCAUGAUCUUCAACAACAUCACAUGACUUCUAAAGAAAUUCCUGAGGUGCAAACCAGGAUACCGGAUGAUGUGCAUUUAAAGAAGUCAAGAAAUGCAAUGAAGCGAGUUGGUCUGAAGACAAAGAAUGUUCAGCUGGCCAAAAGUCCCAUAUACCAUGUCAAGAGUCCCCUUAUUCAGAAAGUUCCGCGUGUCAAAACAUCUGGUGACUGUCUGGAUGAUAACACUGAAAUCCCUGAUAAGAGUUAUUUCAACUCAAGCCAGCCAAACCCAGUAUUCUUAGAUACUCUUCAGGGAAAUGUGGCAAUGCAUGAGGAUGAUCAUCCCAAAAGCUCUGCUUCUUCAGGGAAGGAACCAAAGGAAACAAAAUGCAAAGUCACCAUGGAGAAAUUGUUUGAUCUGAAUACUAAGAUUCUCCAACAAAUUCAAAUGUUGGAACAGAGACAAGCUGUCAUCAUGAACGACUUGGCAAAAGUUAAGUCUGUUCUCAUGAAGCGGGCAGAUGAAGAUGCCCAUGAGGAACUUUUUAAACAACAACAGUGCUCCAGCCUCAUGUUGUGAACAUAGUAUGAGCACACAGUGAGAGCGCUGUGUGGUUACACUUUUAGUUCACUGUGACACACACAUUGUGACCACACUAUGAGAAUAUUGUGAGCUCAUAGUGACAUCAUUGUGAGAUCAAAUUGUUGACUGGGUAGUACGUGGCCUGAAUAUGAUUAAAUAUUUAAUAAUAUUUCCUUAUAAACCUUUAUUUUUUUUAUAUUACAAAAUGUGCUGUAUAACAUUUUGAAUAUCAUGAAACUAAGUAUAUUUCCUAAAAGAUAAUGUGGCUCCACUUCAUUUAAUGUUGCUAACGUCCUAGUAAAAAAAGAACGCCUUUAAUAGCAAGAACGUUGUUUGCGGUACAAUGUAACAGCCAAAAAAGAAAAGUUAUUUAAAAUGAAAUGAACAUAAUUAUUAUUCACUAUUAACACUUGUUAGGAAAUAAUUAAAAGCAAUAGCCUAUAACAAAUACAUCUACUAUUGCAAACUUUAAAGUUAAUUUGAAGCGACGUACAUGGAGACGAUGUACAUAUCAGGCGUCAUGUAAGGCGGCGUCUUGUGAGGCGACGUACUUAGUACACGUAGUGAUGACAGUGAUUACACUCGUGUGCUGAAGAUCCUACUCAUCUCAGUCAUCACACACACUUAUCAGUGACUGCUUGAUCAAAGACUGCAGAUAAACACUGCAGUAUCACUGUCUCUCUGCUUGUUUGUGUGUUGGAUAUGUUACAGUUUGUACAGCCUCCACACUGGGGUGCGCGGGCUUUGUUCGUGCUAGUUUCGACGUCAGUCAAAUUUGCGCUUUCGGUUUCAAAAUCUUCAAGGCGUUGGUGAGACACGGCGCACAGAUCAGGUAAGACUUAUGUUUAACCAACUGUACUAACUAAUACCCAUCUUACAGUUUUUUAGUUUUUUUUUUAGUUUUUUUUUUUGUUUUUGUUUUUGAUUUUUUGCAAAUUAAUUGUUUUACGUGAAGAAACUGUGAUGGGUUAUUAAUGCACCUUUAAAAGAGGGAUCAAAUCAGAAUCAUAAUGUAUCCGCGUUAAUGUGUUUCAUCAAUUUGUUCAGAUGAUGCGCGGAGCUGCAGCCGCGCCCUCAGUACUAACUAACCAACCUUUAAAUACCCGAAACAGUUGUCUCUCUUAUUAAAUUUUGUUUCAGUAGCUGCUUGGAAUUAUAAUAUUGGCAAACACAUUAAUAAAACUAAAAUGGAUGAUAUUUUGCAAUUAAUAUUUUGUAGUUAAUUAAA